AUGUAUGUGGAUCACGAUGUCGAAGAGCAAAAGCGCGUCUUUAUCAGGCGCGGGAUGUCCUUGGAGGCCGAUGCCGUUGCUCAACGAAAUGGAAAACACAUUUCAAAGUGGGUUUUCCCUCUGGGAUUCGUUAGAUGGAAACCUAAGUUCUGUGAGAGCAGAUCAACUCUGGCUGCUGUCAUUCUUGACUACAUGGGUCUGUACUGUGAAAGUUCCUGGGGUUUGGGAUGGGGUCAUAUAUAUAUCACUAUCAUCAUGUCAAUAUCAGUAACUAUUGCCAUGUACUGCUUGAUUCAACUCUACGUCACUGUCUCCUCUGAACUGGCGGAGCACAAGCCUCUAUUGAAACUAUUCUCCGUGAAGGCUGUUGUUUUUCUCACUUUCUGGCAGGCUACAUUUCUGUCACUUCUCAGUAUGUUUGGAGUUAUUAAAAAUACAAAAUAUAUGACUGCAGAUGACGUCAACAUCGGCAUUGCUGCAGUUCUGGAAACAUUUGAAAUGAUGCUUUUUGCUUUCUUACAUAUUAAGGCGUUCAGUUACAAACCAUACAAAUAUCCACGUCUCGAUGUCUUUGAUGAAUUUGCAACACCCCAAAAAACUCCCCCAUGGCGCUCUCUCGCGCAUGCAAUGGACUUCCGAGAAACCUUUCGGGAAAUUUGGAUUGGGAUUGUUUACAUGUUCUACAAGCUACGUGGAAGAGAACCAAUAACCGAUUUGAAAGUCAAACGGGAAGGGCACUACUCAGGUGCCUUUGGAAUGCAAAGGCCAUUGCCUGGUGACGGGAAGUCGGUAUCUCGGCAGUUAGAGCAUCGUCCCAAAUUGAAUACAGCGACCUUGCCAAGUGUUCAGAUUGAAGUUGAUAAGGCGGUUGAAGUAGAGGGAGAAAGGCAGUGGCUGAUGCUAGAGGAUUUUGAUCGACGUGGGCUUCAUCCGAAGCGGGAGAAGAGUGACAGUCUUCAGGAACAGAUCGACCGUGAGCUGGAGAGGCUCCGAUGCCAAGACACGGAUAAACACAGUAUCCAGAAUCCCAUUAUUAACCGAGUACGACACCAGGGUGGUCAACGUUCGUGGUGGCGUAAUGUCUACUACCGCAUCUCUCAAUCUAGUCCUGACGGGGACGAUGCUGAAAAAGAACCAUUACAACAGCGAAGACAAUUGUCUCCCCGUCGACUUCGUACUUUCGGUGACGCCGAGCUCAAAGAUGAACUCUGUAAUCUAGACGAUCAGCCUCCUCAAAGCGUGCUUUACCCGCUUCAAUCUCACUGGCCAAGAACCGUGAAUAAGGAAGCUCAAUUUGAAGCUACAGGCAAUGGUCGUGGCGAGCAAUCAAUCGAUGAAAAUUAUAAAGUGUUGCAUCAGAAUCACAAUCCGGAGACUCGCCUAUUAAUCAACUCCCCUGCACCUUCUCCUUAUCGCGCUUCGAGAUCGUCGCCUGACGCUUCUCAUCUUCCUUCUUCCAAAUUACAAACUCCCAUAAACGGCGUUCCCCGGCCAUUGACUUACGACGAUCCAUAUCUGUUUAAUGUUCCCAUCAGAUAUCCCAUUGAUCCAAAUGAAGGAAACCACCCCCCACCUUCCGCUAGAAAGCAAAAUGGACCGUCAUCGCGCCCUUUUGGCAACACUUUAACCAUGCCAGUUCCUUUAGACCCUCAAAGUCCAUUACAUUGCAAAAACGCUCGGUAUUCCUUGAGCUCGUCCUCAGUACUAACGUCAUUUAACUCAAAUCCCGGAGUUUCUGGCUAUGCACAGCGGAAGGUAAAUUUUGACAAUCCUCGUUCGUCUAUCCAUAGGCGAGAGCCUGCUGGAGAGUCUCAAGACAAUGUAACGUGGCAUCAGAAGCACACAAAUCCCGCUUAUUCUCGGAUCCGCUUUUCACGUAUACCGUCCAUUCAUUCUGCAACUCAGACUUCAAACGCGAUUAUAUUUCCAAGGACAGAGCGUCCUUGA